CAGUUCUAAACAACACUACUAAUAUCACACUGCAUUGCAUUCGAACGAAAACAUAAAAACAAAAGUAGUUUAGUGCACUUGUAUACAAAUAUCGUGUGUAUAACAUAAUAAUAAUAAUUAAAUAUAAAAUUAAAUGUGCAGUUGGACCAAGAGCGUACGGUAGAUUUUUAUUUUAUAAACGCAUUUCAGCAGAAUUCCAGGCUCCCCAGAGGAGACCAGACAUCAAUGUCGUACUUUGGCGUCUAUAUACCUCCAUCCAAAGCGGGAUUUGAGGGCACAACAGCGCAGUGUGCAGGGUCAAUAGCCGCCGAUAAUAUAAAAAUUGUGCCUGUCAGUGGAGCGAAUGAUUCAAAUGCGACAAAAUAUGAGGAUCCUGAAUACCCUCCCGAUUCGCCGCUCUGGUUGAUAUUUACCGAAAAGUCGAAGGCACUGGACGUGCUGCGCAAUUACAAGGAUGCACGUCUGCGCGAGUUUCCAAAUCGCGAGCAGGCUGAAAGCUACGUACAGUUUGGCUUUGAGAGCAUCGAGUCAUUGAAGCGUUUCGGCAAAGCCAAACCAGUCAGCAAGCCUGUACAAUUGCCUACGGUGAUUGGUGUUGGAUUUAAGACAUCUUCUGGCGGCUCAGACAGUCCGUUUUCCUCGUCACCCACUAACAGCGCCAGUAGCUCGCCCUGUUCCACAGUAACUUUGUCCAAUAUGAUUAUUUCUAUGCCAAACAGCAGCAGCACUAGCAGCUGUGUCGUCACUGUAGGCAGUGGCAACGCAGUUGGAAGUGCCAGUAGCUCUCUAAGUGCAGAGCGCCCACCGUUUCGGGCGCCGACCAAGCAGGAGCUCGUUGAGUUUCGGAAACAAAUUGAGGCCGGAAAUUAUGAGCGAGUCAAACGCAUUGUUUGGGAUAAUCCACGGUUCCUUAUCAGCAGUGGUGACACACCCACCAGCCUGAAGGAGGGAUAUCGCUAUAAUGCUAUGCACAUAUGUGCCCAAGGCAAUCAAGCCCUUGUCGCAGAGCUUAUAUUAAAAAUAAUCUCAGAUCGCGACUUCACUCAGCUGUAUGCCGGCAAGAAGAGUAGUGGCGAGAUGUGCGCUGCCAUGAAUGAGAAUCUGCUCGAUUACUAUCUUAACAUGCCUGACAAGGGUCGCGGGGAGACUCCGUUGCAUUUUGCCGUUAAAAACGGUCAUAUUGCUAUAGUUCAAGUUCUUACUUCCUAUCCGCAAUGCAAAUCCCUGAAAAAUACUGAGGGCAUGUAUCCCAAAGAUAUAAUAUGUCAGCGAGCACCAAAUGCCGGCCCGGAUGUAUGCAAGAAACUGGAACUGUUGCUGUCAGAGCCACAUUAUGUGCCUGUUAUGCGCGCGGUACACAACGAGCUGCCACCGCAUGUUGGACAACCUUUUACGCCUAAUGAACCGCCGAACAUGCAGUACAAGACCGACGAGAGUGAUCGUCUCAAUGUAGACCUUACAAUCAGUGCUUUGGCUGGCCCAAUGCCACGUGAGCAAGCAUUUAAUUUCUUUCGAAGAUGGAAGACACCUCCUCGCAUUGGAAGCAAUGUGAUAUCUCCGCUGGCUGGCUCGCCAUUCGUCUCGCCCAUGAAAACGCCAAGCAACAAGUCAUUUGUCAAUAAAAGCACGGGCCAAAUGUCAACAGGUCGACGCGUCCUUUUUAGCCCCACGACGCCAAACAAGUCACUGAACGAGCCAAACGGCAAUCACAAGUCACAGCAAGCUAUGUCACUUCAAAAUGGUGAUAUGGAAAAUAUUGAGAAUAACAAUAACAACCAUUGCGCCUUAAAGGACAACUCAAGUGCACCGAAACGCAUGAUUGAUAUACCCUCGACGCCCAUACGGCAAAUGAGGCCGGAUCUGUUUUUGGAAUACCGCAGUAGCAAUUCGUCACCGCAUGUCGAUGAAUCGCCGGACAGGGCUUUGGAUUUUAGCCUUAACGUGUCAAAUCUGAAUGAUAGUUUCCGUGAACGUCAUAUUAAAAACUCGGACAUUGAAAAGGGGCUCGAGGUGGUCGGUCGUCAAUUAGCGCGUCAAGAACAAUUGGAGUGGCGCGAAUAUUGGGAUUUUCUUGAUACUUUCAUAGAUAUUGCUUCGAGUAAUGGACUUACACGCCUGGACGGUUAUCUAUCGGCUCAAUUGGAGCAGUCGCAGGCCUCACUGUUGUCCGAAAAAUCCGAUCAAGUGUGGAGUCUGUCACAAAUGCAGCAUUAUCUUGAUCUAAUAGCAGAUCGUAGUAAAACAAGCAACGCUACAAGUGGUGGUAGCGCCAUUACUCAAGUGAUGACACCCUAUACAUGUGUGGAGAAGUCGUUGCAGGUUUUUGCAAAACGCAUCACUAAAACCCUUAUCAACAACAUUGGCAACAUGGUAUCCAUUAACGAUAUGUUGCUUUCUGAGCUGAAAAGACUGAAAUCUUUAAUUGUAAGCUUUAAGGAUGAUACACGCUUUUUUACUGUAGAUUUUAGUAAAGUCCACUCGCGUAUUGCUCAUCUCGUGGCUAGCUAUAUUGCCCACUCGAUGGAGGUCAGCGCCGCCCUGCGAUACCAACUAAUGCAAAUGCUGCGCAAACUGUUACAGCUGAAUGGCGAUCGUCGAGAGCAUUUGCACUGUGUGUGCGCCAGCAUGCUACAAAUGUUAGAACUGGCGCCAACUGUCCAGUUGCCAGAUGCAUUGAAGACCGAGGAAUUGUGCUCGGCUGCCUGGCAGGUGGAACAGUCCUGCGCCUGUCUAUGGGAAGCGAAUCUUAGUCGCAAAACCAGUCGACGCAAACGCACUGAAUCUUUGCGUGCUCAACUGCAAGAUAUUAGCAACGCGACCACAACACUGACGGCGACCGCACUCACUUUGCGCAAUUCCGUCCCGUCAAAUGUUGCGGUCGUUUAUCCUACCGCUAAAAAUUCCGCAUAUCGCAGCAGCGAUAAUCAUAGUGAUGAUGAUGAUAUUGAUAGCGACGACGAAAUGUUCUUUUAUGAAUGUGGCGGCGGUGACAGUAGCGAGGAUGAAGAUAUAUUUCUUACACCGCCUGAGAGUCGCUCGCCAAGGUUGUCUUGCGAAUUGGAACCACGUUAUGAGCUCUUCAUUUUCGGCAAGGAGCCUACAAAGCGCGAUUUGGACGUAUUGAAUGCUAUUUUCCAUGUGAAAAUUGAUAAGGAUUCAUUACCCUUCGUGCAUGCCUGGCGAACAGCUAUGGAAAACUUUUCCACAGCUGAAAUGGAUCUCUUCCCAUCACCGAAAAGUGUGCAGAAAACACACAAGUCGUCAUCGUAUUUCGCCAUUAGCACCACUCCUAAGAACCUAAGCAGCGUUGGCGCUGUUAAUAGUAAUGCCAGCAGUAUUGUAGCCGAUAGCGUUUCACUUGCGCAUCCAAAACGACUUUUCGCUACGCCAAAACUGAAUGCAGUGGCGGCCCGCCGUCACUCUGCAACACCAUCGACGCCUCCGAAACCGACACGAUUACCAGAGAAAACUACGCCGCUGUGGGACCCGCCAAUGGAUACCUCGUCACCAAUGCCAUCGUUAGCAACAGUUGCUGCAGCCACUGUUUCACAGUCAUUCCAAACGCCGCUCAACAAAAUGCGCGGCCUUUUUAGCAAAUACCGUGAGGCGCGCCAGGAAUCCACUCCGGCGGCUUUUUCGCUAGAUAUGAUUAAUGCCCGCCCCAACAAGUCACUAUUAAUGGAAGAGAGCGACUGAUGAUUGAAAUUUUGAAGCAGAUCAGAUGUACUGGGAACUGCCUUUUAAUAUAUAAUUUCUUUAAUUAACGUGCAAAAUCGUGAUGUCUACCUGCUUCGAACCCAAACUAAAAAAUAAAUUACAAAAUCAAGGGUAUUUAUGGAGUUAUCAUUGUUCUUGUUUAAACUAAAAA